ACGGCACUCUCUCUCUCUCUCUAUCUCUAAUGGAACGACGCGACUCUAUUGCUACCGGUUGAUACAAAUCCCAUCCAAAACCCUAAUUCAUCGAAUUUAGCCGUCUACGACUCAGAGAAAUGGAGCUUCGUUCUCGUCGCCUUGGUCCUUCCAAGGAAGGCGGAAAACCCCCAAAUAGAGAGAGCUCUGACGAAGACGGUGAGCGCUCGACGUUUUCAGACUCCGAAUACAACACUAUCAGCGAUGAAGGUGAAAAUAGGGGGCUUUGGGACUUAAAUUCUGUACCAGAGGAUGGGGUGCAAGAUGAUGAUUGUGAAGGCAGUGCAAGUGAUUCCGAUGUGGGGAAUAAGGUUGCAAAAAGAGGGAAACUUUGGGUGAAGAAGAAAAGUGGCGGUGGUUCUAGCUGCAAGAGGAAGUGGGAAAGAGUGGAAUUUGAAGAUAGGGUGGAUGGAGGUGGUUUUAGAUUACAACUUGAGGCUCAUGAGAUUGAGAGUGACCUUCUUCAAUUUAAGAAGAUAAAAGAGAAAAGGAAAAAGAAAAAGGAGGCAAAGCCAAUCUUGAUGUGGGAAGUUUGGGAAGAAGAGCAAGGGAGAUGGUUGAAAGAGAAUUCAGUGGAUGACGUUGACAUAGAAAAUCAAAAUGAAGUGGCUGCCGAAACUGCUGAUGCACCUUCAGAUUUGGUUAUGCCCUUGCUGAGAUACCAAAAGGAAUGGUUGGCUUGGGCUUUGAAACAAGAAGAGUCUACCACAAGAGGAGGGAUCCUUGCUGAUGAGAUGGGGAUGGGGAAGACUGUUCAGGCAAUUGCCCUUGUCCUGGCUAAACGUGAACUGAGAAGAGCAAUUUGUGAAUCUAAUGGAUUCUCAUCUCCACCAUGUUCAUCCACAAAAAUUCCUGAAAUAAACUGUACCCUCAUCAUUUGUCCCUUGGUUGCAGUACUUCAGUGGGUGAGUGAGAUUGAACGGUUCACAUCAAAAGGGAGCAACAAGGUACUGGUUUAUCAUGGGGCUAAAAGGGGAAAGAGUCUUCAGCACUUCUCUGAAUAUGAUUUUGUCAUUACUACAUAUUCUAUCAUUGAGGCUGAAUAUAGGAAGCAUGUCAUGCCACCCAAACAAAAGUGCCAGUGGUGUGGCAAGUUAUUUUAUGAGCACAGAAUGACUGUUCAUUUGAAAUACUUUUGUGGACCUGAUGCUAUUAGAACUGAUAAGCAGUCAAAGCAGCAGAGGAAAGGCAAGAAAAUUUUGCAAAAUAUGUUAAAACAUAAAUCACGAAGUGAUGAAGGCCAUCCCAGUGGACCUGAUGGUGAUGGAGAAAAAGGUUUGUGCAAGAAGACUGUGAAGCAAAGCAGCAAAGGAAAAAGCCUGACAAUUGGGUCUUCCAAGGAAUCAGCAGGUGUUGGACAAGGCUUGCCAAAUGAGAAGUCUAUUUUGCACUCUGUGAAGUGGGAGCGCAUUAUUCUUGAUGAGGCUCACUAUAUAAAAGAUAGACGUUGUAAUACUACAAAAGCUGUCCUUGCUUUGGAAUCUUCAUAUAAAUGGGCUUUGAGUGGCACUCCUCUUCAGAAUCGUGUUGGAGAGAUUUAUUCACUGGUCCGCUUCUUACAGAUUGUCCCUUACUCAUAUUACUUCUGUAAGGAUUGUGAUUGCAGAGUACUUGAUUACAGUUCUUCAACUGAAUGUCCAAACUGCCCUCAUAAAUCACCAAGGCACUUUUGCUGGUGGAACAAGUAUAUUGCCACACCGAUACAACUUGACGGAAAUAUUGGCUCGGGAAGAAAUGCUAUGAUACUUUUGAAGAACAAAAUUUUGAAGAACAUAGUGCUAAGACGUACAAAAAAGGGUAGGGCGGCAGAUCUUGCACUUCCUCCAAGAAUUCUUAGAUUGAGACGAGACACUAUGGAUGUCGAAGAAGAAGACUAUUAUACAUCACUGUACACUGAAAGUCAGGCACAAUUCAAUACAUACAUUGAGGCAGGGACAGUGAUGAAUAAUUAUGCUCAUAUAUUUGACCUCCUUACAAGGCUGCGGCAGGCUGUUGAUCACCCUUACCUUGUGGCGUAUUCUAGUUCUGCUGCUGGAAGAAUUGGAACUGUGGUUGAUAGUGGUGGCAGUGAUGAAAAAACAUGUGGUUUAUGUAAGGAAUUGACAGAAGAUCCUGUGGUCACAUCUUGUUCACACACCUUCUGUGCAUCCUGCUUGAUCAAUUUAUCUGCUAGUGCGGGGCAAGUCUUGUGUCCUUCAUGUUCAAAACCACUUACUGUUGACUUCAGUGUGAUUGACGGAGAUCAGAAUGCUAGAACAACCAUUAAGGGAUACAAAUCAUCAAGCAUUCUAAACCGGAUUCCGCGUGAUGAUUUCCAGACAAGUACUAAGAUUGAUGCUUUGAGAGAAGAGAUCAGAUUCAUGGUUGAAAGGGAUGGUUCUGCAAAAGGAAUUGUUUUCAGCCAAUUCACAUCCUUCUUGGAUCUGAUUCAAUUCUCCCUCGAGAAGUCUGGCAUUUCUUGUGUUAAAUUAGUAGGCUCCAUGUCCAUGAAUGCUAGAGAUGCCGCAAUUGCAAGAUUUACCGAUGAUUCAGAUUGUAGAAUAUUUCUCAUGAGCUUGAAAGCCGGAGGUGUGGCUCUGAAUCUCACUGUUGCAUCACAUGUUUUCUUGAUGGACCCAUGGUGGAAUCCAGCUGUGGAGCGACAAGCCCAAGACCGAAUUCAUCGGAUAGGACAGUAUAAACCUAUCAGGAUUGUGAGAUUUGUCAUUGAGAACACAAUUGAGGAACGAAUCUUGAAGUUGCAGGAGAAGAAGGAACUAGUCUUUGAAGGGACUGUGGGUGGAUCGUCGGAGGCUCUUGGGAAAUUAACUGAGGCAGAACUGAGGUUCCUCUUUAUCACCUAACAGAUGAUUAUGGCCUUUUGGAGGAACUAGUACAUUGUCGGCUGCAUAGCUGCAGCAACUUCUUUCUGGGUUCGGUUUUUGCCCCUUUGACCAUUUAGGGGAUGCAUUAAGGUCCAUUUGGUAUAGGUUUUGGCGGUUGUCGUUCAUGCGCCAUGCCAUGAUACUAACUAUUUUUCUUAGAAUGCCAUGGCGCAUGGUUUUGUUCUUACUAAAGUGGCUCUGCUGAAUUAAGAAGAUGAGCCCUAAAACUGAUAUAGAGUUGAUAGCAUUAUAUACAACUUCUCUUUCUGGACAUUUUAGUAUAAAUCUGGAGAUUUCAAAAAUUUU